AUGGAGAAGGGCAGACGACCAAACCUGUCCCCCAAGAAAAAGAUGGGGAAGAAAAACCCAACCGACACCGCUGAUCCUGUGAAGAACUUCGAGCGAUGGAAGAAGAAAUACAAUAAGACAAAAACACGAGUCAAACAGGAGAAAAGACAGAAAAGGAAACCUGAAUGGCAGGUGGAGAAAGAAGUUAUUCAACGUCUUGUCAACAAAUAUAACGAGGUAAACAACGUUUUUGUUUUUAUCCUACGAGGUUGGGCGAGACUAGUUAACGUAGAUAGCUAGGGCCGCGUUCAGCAGAAUUGAGAUAGAAAUAGGCAAUGUAGAUCAAACAUGCCUUCAUGGCAUGUCUAUCUGCAACGUUGGAGAACGGCUGGCAACUGAACAUGUCCUAGGACUGUAAAUGAGCUAGCUAUCUAGCUAGCUAUCACAUCUUCAGUCUUAUCAAAGCAAUCUCCUGUCCCAUAAGACAUUUUAGGAAGUCCUAGGUUACAUAACGAUAGCUAGUUGACGUUUAUAUUGUAAUGUUAGCUAAAUUAUUGCUGUUGACAAUGAUUUGUAUCAUAUCAUUACUUCUGGGGCAGUGUAGAUACACUUGAACAAUUCUUUCUUCUAGAUAAAUGCCAAGGAUGCUGAGAGGUUUUCAGAUUUCCCCAUCUCCAAGAAUACCCUGCGAGGUAAACAUAAAUUGGUUAUGAAAUGGCGUUGACUGUGUUUGCCAGUACAUGCAAUAUGGACCAACAUGCCAUUGGCAAACAUCUUAUACCGUAUCUUGUUUAGGAUUGAGUUUUGUUGUUUACCCCAGGUCUGAUGGAAGCACAGUAUCGUCAGCCCACAGAAAUACAGAGACAGACCAUUGGCUUUGCAUUGCAAGGUAAAGAUGUUCUGGGCGCUGCAAAGACUGGCUCUGGGAAAACACUGGCCUUUCUCAUUCCUGUGAGUACCCAAUUGUAUUCUAUAUCUGCAAUAUUGCAAGCUGAUAUGAGGCAAAUGCAAUGUGCAUCCAUUAUUUGAGUCUAUUGAUGGCAUGUCAUUGCCUUUCACACGUGUUUGGUUUCAUUUCCAGGUAUUGGAAUGUUUGUAUCGUCAGCAGUGGACAGCAAUGGAUGGCCUCGGGGCCCUCAUCAUCUCCCCCACACGAGAGCUGGCCUAUCAGACCUUCGAGGUGCUCCGUAAAGUGGGCAAGAACCAUGAGUUCUCUGCCGGCCUCAUCAUUGGCGGAAAGGUACUUAUUUACUUUCAAGUGCCUUUAUUGGUAGAUCAUUUCAUGUUGGUUUUGACACCUCUGUUGGUGGUGUUUGAAAGGAAACGUUUUGUGCCCUGUUAUUCUGUUGGAUUCCGCAACCAACCAUUGAUUAAUUUAGGCUAAGUUAAUGGACCCACCCCCACCCCCAGAGGAGGUUGCCGCCACUAUUUCGACGUAAUUUCCUUUCCUAGAGAGGAAAUGAGAGAGGAAAUGCACGAAUUGGGAGUGGGAAUUUCCAAGUGGAGUUGAUAAAAAUCAACAAAUAGGGCACUGACCACCGUCAGCCUAGCUAGCUAGCUACAGUAUCUUGCUAACCAUAUCUAGUUUAAAGUUUUAUUAGUCGUAUGUCUGGGAUAUGCAUGGUAUACUUCGUCCAACGAAAUGCUUAUUUGCAGGUUCCUUCUCGACAAUGCAACAACAAUAAGAAAUAAUGAAAGAUAAUACGAACAUAAAGUAAAUGGCAGUAUAAUAGAAUAAAUAUUUUAGCAUAAGUAUGAUACAGGAAGGCACAAUUUAUAGUCCAAUAUUUCCACGUGUAUGGGGGGCAAGUGUAUAAAUUGAGCAGUAUAAUAAGAGUCUGGUAGCAGCAGUUGUGGUGUGUGUGUAGCAUAAAUGUGUAUAUUCUGAACAAAAAUAUAAACACAACAUUUAAAGUGUUGGUCCUAUGUUUCAUGAGCUGAAAUAAAAGAUUCCAGAAUUUUUCCAUACGCACAAAAAGCUUAUUUCUCUCAAAUUUUGUGCCAGAAUUUGUUUACAUCUAUGUUAGUGAACAUGAAUUAUUUGCCAAAAUAAUCCAUCCACCUGACAGGUGUGGCAUAUCAAGAAGCUGCUUAAACAGGAUGAUCAUUACACAGGUGCAUCUUGUGCUGGGAAAAAUAAAAGGCCACUCUAAAAUGUGCAGUUUUGUCACACAACACAAUGACACAGAUGUCUACAUUUUUGGGGAGUGUGCAAUUGGCAUGCUGACUGCAGGAAUGUCCACCAGAGCUGUUACCAGAUAAUUGAAUGUUCAUUUCUCUAGCAUAAGCCUCCUCCAAUGUAGUUUUAGAGAAUUUGGCAGUACAUCCAACUGGCCUCACAACCGCAGAGCAAGUGUAACCACGUCAGCUUAGGACCUCCACAUCUGGCUUCUUCACCUGUGGGAUCGUCUGAGACCAGCAGCCCGGACAGCUGAUGAAACUGAGGAGUAUUUCUGUGUGUAAUAAAGCCCUUUUGUGGGGAAAAACUCAUUCUGAUUGGCAGGGCCUGGCUCCCCAGUGAGCCACACCCCCGCCCAGUCAUGUGAAAUCCAUAGAUUAGGGCCUAAUUUAUUUAUUUAAAUUGACUGAUUUCCUUAUGAACUGUAACUCAGUAAAAUUGUUUAAAUUGUUGCAUGUUGCGUUUAUUUUUGUUUAGUAUAUGUGUGUGCAUGCGUGAGUGCAUGUGUGCUAAGGUGCGGAGAAUCCGAGCAGGUGGUCAGUCCAGUUCAAGUGUUGAGCAGUCUGAUGGGUUGUAGAUAGAAACGGUCUCUGAGCCUGUUGGUAUCAGACCUCAUGCUCCGAUAACGGCUCGUGGCUGGGGUGUGUGGGGUCCUUUGAUGCUGCGUGCCUUCAUCAGGCACCAUUUCGAGUAGAUUACCUCGAUGGGUCGGGGCACGGUCCCAGUGAUGUACUGGGCUGUCUUCACCACCCGCUGGAGGGCCUUGCGGUCGUGGACGGAGCAAUUCCCGUACCAGGCCAUAAUGCAACCAGUCAGGAGGCUCUCAAUGGUGCAGCGGUAGUAUUUGGAGAGGACACCGGGCGGGAUGCCAAAUUUCUUCAGCUGCCUUAGGAAGUAGCGAUGCUGUUGCACCCUCUUGACAAGAGGUUGUGGUGGUGUUGGUCUAUGACAAAUCCUCGUGAUGUGGACGCAGAGGAACUUAAAACUUGUGAUUCUUUCUACUACAGUCCUGUUGAUGUGGAUUGCGGAAUGUUCCCUCCUCUGCUUCCUGAAGUCAACAAUCAACUCCUUUGUUUUGCAGAUGUUGUGGGAGAGGUUGUUGUCAUGACACCACAAUGUCAGUUCACUUACCUCCUCCCUAUCGGCUGACUCAUCAUUGUCGGUUAUCAGGCCUGCAACCGUGGUGUCGUGAGAACUUGAUGAUGGAGUUGGUGUUGUGCAAAGCCACACAGUUGUGGGUGAACAGGGAGUACAACACAGGACUGAAGACACACCCCAGGGGGGGCCCUGUGUUUAGCGUCAGUGUGGAGAUGUUGUUGCCAAUCCUCACAGCCUGUGGUCUGCCCGUCAGGAAGUCCAGGAUCCAGUUGCAGGGUGGUGUCCAGACCCAGGGCUCUGAGCUUGGUGUCUAGCUAGCUAAUGUUAUCUGUUGCAUUUUUUUUUUUUUCACUGUAGUCAAAACAUUAGCCAGCUGGUUCUGGUGCUGGAUUUGUCAUAAGUAUUGAUUUAGGAAAAACUUCACGACAGAUGGAAACCGUUAACCUAUCUUUGACUUCACCAUCUAUUGUUAUCUCCAAAGAUUUGGCAUCUUCCAUAAAAUGCAGCCGAGAAUCCGCCAUAGAAAUAGUUAGAAAGAAUAAGAUGACGCUCCAGUAAUAUGGUUAACUAUUGAAAGCAAUGUUCCCUCACUUUUUUCGGUGCAAACUUGAACGUUGUGAAAAUUCUGUGCAGCUUCUGGUGUGUGUUUAUUGUGAACACUGAGGCUUUACCCGCUUUAAGUUACCAUUAUAACAGUGGCCAAGUAGGCUACUGUGGCUAUUUUGAUCAUAAUGUAGGCCUAUUAGACUGGUCUACCAUCAGAAACAAUGGAGAAAAUGCAUCUGUAACAUUUGAACAUGGUAAUAGUUGUUCUAUCAUUCAGCCUACUGUAGCAGCCAAUAUGUGGUGUUCAAUGUAGGGCUACAUUCCAUGAGACUUUUGGGAAAAAAUAUUCCAGGCUUGACAUUAACCUGUUUAUCUACUUGUCCUUCAGACAAGGAGGUGACUGAAAAUGUGUUGUUUGAUUCAAGAAACCACUUUACAAAAUUAAGUUGGAUUAUUCCCAUACCAUAUUACAGAGAAUCUGACAAAUUAUGCUACCCUCUGCCUAUUGGCUACUUAGCUUAUUCUAGCCUGUCUAAAAAUACAACACUGCCCAUUUAAGACAUAAAACAAAAGCUCUUUACCUGACUCACUUUUCAAAAUGGCUAGAAAUGCACACAUUUUGUGCUCUUGUAGGAAGCAAUCACUCCCCCAUUGCUGACUAGAAAUGAGCUAUAACUGGUCUAAUAACUCAGUAGCAAAGAAUAUGAACGAAUGUGCACACGUGGCUACAUGCAGCUCUUGCUUUGAUCUCAAAACAAGCCCAUCUACUCGCAACCACUGGUGUGCCUAAAUAAAAAUUGCAGGUCGCACAGCAAAAUAUUUUGGUGCAUAUGCGAGUAAAAUGGGCACACUGUAGAGCCCUGCAAUGACUUUGCUCAUGAUCAUGCACACCGACAUGUAACUAUAAAAGCCAAUUUAUGCUUGAUCUGAAAACGUGGUCGGCGGCUCAGUAUAAAGGGUGUGACGCAACUCCGGAGGCACGCAGAGGCCAAAUUGAGCUCCGUACCGUAUCACCGUGCGCCUCCCAAAUUUUGUAACAAUACGGAUGGCUACGUAUAGCUCCGCAUUGACAUGAUUGGUUGACAGUAGGUGGGGCGGGAGGUCCUGUAUAAACACAAACUCACUUCCUUGACAACUUCCUUCACAACAGCUUUGCGCUACGCAAGGAGUUUAAAUGCCCUGACUUCUGCAGAGGUCUUAUCACCAUAAAUGCUGCACGGCCAAUGCAAACGUAAAGCUUUGUAUUAAGGACAUAAAGUUCCUUUCUUUGCCACAUUUUUUGCAGUUUUACUUUAGUGCCUUAUUGCAAACAGGAUGCGUGUUUCUGGAAUAAUUGUAUUAUGUACAAGCUUCCUUCUUUUCACACUGUCAUUUAGGUUAGUAUUGUGGAGGAACUACAAUGUUGUUGAUCCAUCCUCAGUUUUCUCCUAUCACAGCCAUUAAACUCAGUAACUGUUUUAAUAUCACCAUUGGCCUCAUGGUGAAAUCCCUGAGCGGUUUCCUUCCUCUCCGGCAACUGAGUUAGGAAGGACACCUGUAUCUUUGUAGUGACUAGGUGUGUAAUUAAUAACUUCACUAUGCUCAAAGGGAUAUCCAGUUUCUUCUUUUUUUUUUAAGUAUACCAUCUACCAAUAGGUGCCCUUCUUUGCAAGGAAUUGGAAAACCUCUCUGGUCUUUGUUGUUGAAUCUGUGUUUGAAAUGCACUGCUCGACUGAGGGACCUUACAGAUACUUGUGUGGGGUACAGAGAGCAGGUAGUCGAUCAAAAAUCAUAUUAAACACUAUUGCACACAGUGAGUCCAUGCAACUUAUUAUGUGACUUGUUAAGCACAUUUGUAUUAUUUAUUAACUUAUUAAGGCUUGCCAUAACAAAGGGGUUGAAUACUUACUUAUUUUCUCAAGACAUAGAAUUUUUUAAAUUUUUAAACAUUUCUAAAAACAUAAAUCCACAUUGACAUUAUGGGGUAUUGUGUGUGUGUGUGUGUGUGUGUAGGCCAGUGACACAAAAUCUCAAUUUAAUCCAUUUUAAAUUUGGUCUGUAACACAACAAAAUGUGGAAAAAGUCAAAGGGGUGUGAAUCCUUUCUGAAGGCACUGUAUAUCAUACUUUGACUAAAACAACUUAAAUAAAUAUGCAACUUCGGGUAAGCUCUGGCCAUUUUUUCACCUCGAAAGUGGAUUUCUACUGGUGUGGGCAUUUAAGGGACAGACUGACAUAGAAUGUCAAAUUCUGUAUGUAAAGUACAGCUGUAGUUGCCAGAGUUUUAUCUCUGUGGCAUGUUUUUUUGCAGGACCUGAAAAAUGAGUCUGAGAAGAUCCACCGCACUAACAUCAUCAUCUGCACGCCAGGACGCCUGCUCCAGCACAUGGACGAGACUGCUGCCUUUCACGCCUCCGAUCUGCACAUGCUAGGUACAUAGUUAAACCUGAGCUUCUAGGCCACCAUAAAAAUAGUUUUACUGUGGUGUGAGCAGUAUGUUGUUUAUGGACUUUUUACAUUCUUACUGUUAAUAUUAAGCAACAUUGCUUGAGUAGCACUGUUUGUUUUGAUCUGUAGUCAGAUCAUUGGAGAAUAAUAUACUUGUUUGCAAAAUCUAUGGUCUUGUGACAUGAUUGUAAUGGCAGAAAUCAUUAUAUUUGUUUAUUUAUUUUUAACUUUCAGUUUUGGAUGAGGCGGAUCGUAUCUUGGACAUGGGUUUUUCCGACACUAUCAACGCCAUAGUGGAGAACCUCCCCAAGACCCGUCAGACACUGCUGUUCUCAGCCACACAGACCAAGUCAGUGAAAGACCUGGCCCGCCUCAGCCUCAAAGACCCAGAGUACGUCUGGGUGCACGAGAAGGCCAAGUUCAGGUAGGAGCUCUAUUAUAUAACACACUUAACAAUGCCACUAUAGUCCUGUGUCAAAACUCUUAGUCUUGGCUUUUAGAAAUCUGGCGGUUGGGGUUAAUGUCACAUGGAGUUCUAUAAACUCAGGAAAUGAAAAACGGUCUCAAUUGAAAAUACUUGUGAAAGGUGAUGUGUUGAAUUCAGUCGGGAUUUCAAUGAGUCUCCGGGGCUACUCGUAGGUCAUCAUGUGAAUGUUAUUGCUCAGCGAUUGCAGGGUGCUUACAUUGAUUGCUUAUAUCGGGACAAACUGACAUCCAGUAUAUGGUAUGAAUACCAGAAAGACAAAAGUGGGCCGGUACAUUCAACAAAUACGAGCGUUGUCAUGGAUGCUCUGUGAAGUCCCUAGCCCUUCGAAAGAAUGGCGUGUCACUGUGCAGCCAGGUGCUGAAUGAUAGUGUGGUUUCUCUCCCACUAACAUAGGGUCCACCAUUAACAUAGAAUGUUUUAUCUGAAUGUCAGAAACUUCAAUCCAGUCUUAAACUGAUCAUACUGCGCUUGUUUUAUGCUCUUUCUUUUUGUGCCACUUCUUUUUCGAUGAGUUGUCUUCUGUAGCUUUUCCGAUGAGCCUUUGCUGAUAAGCUGGUUUAGUGUUUAUGCUGCUGUAAUGGCUUUGUCCUCGAUGUUAAAGCUAAUUUAUUAUAUGGGAGUAAGGAAGCACAGGCUACUGCAGCAGAGGAAGAGAUGAAAGAGGACUCUGUCAGCCUUAUCAGGGCUCCUCAGGCAGUGCACAUCAGUGUUUUAAAUUAAAUUUUACCUGAUACCUGUUACCUGCAAAGCUGGCAUGGCUUCAAAUAGCCUACUAUUUGAAAUAUUUGUAAAAUACUUUUAGUGUUUUGCUUUAGCCUGCCUGGAGUGCCAGGUUGCCGUGGGUGUGGUUUGCACUUUUGGGACUUUUCUAUUGGCUCAUUGCAACACAACAGGCAAGUUCAAACAAGCACUCAUGGUGUUUUUUAUUGGUACAUUUACAAACAUUAUUAUGAUAAAUAGAUUUGAAAUGUGUAUCUCAUUAUGGUAAGUGGUGAAAUAAGUAUAGCCAGUUAUAAUUGUAAUGGCUUAGCAGAUAAUAACAAAAGAAUAACAAUAUUUACAUGGCUCAAAGAGAAGGAAUAUAAUAUAUAUUGUUUACAGGAAACUCAUUCAACAAUUCUAGAUGAAGUUGUUUUGGAAAAACUACUGGGGGGGUGAAAUAUACUUCUCCCAUGGGCAAAGAAACUCAAAAGUGGUGAUGAUAUUAAUAAACAGUAAUUUCGAUCCAAAUGUGCAAAUUGUCCAAACAGAUCCGCAAGGUAGAUGGAUGAUUUUAAAUAUGUUAUUGGACCAUAAACAGAUAUGGCUCAUUAAUCUUUACGGACCAAAUAAUGAUGAUCCACGCUUCUUUGACAAUAUAUAUAAUAAAUUAUCAACCCUGCAAGCAAUACAAAACUCUAUUUUUAUGGUGGGAGAUUAUAAUACUGUUUUAAAUAGCUCAAUGGACAGUAAAGGAAAUCACACUACAAAAACAAUCACCCUCAUGCUCUUAAGGAAAUCGUGAAUGUCAUGGAUACAUUAGAACUAGUAGAUAUAUGGAGGCUUAAAUAUCCUGACCUAGUGAGAUAUACACGGCGGAGACUCAAUCAAGCUAGUCAUCUUGACUUCUUUCUUAUGUCCUUUUCGUUGGCACCAAAAGUUUUAAGUGUUGAUAGGGGACAGAAUGCGGUCGGACCAUCAUAUAAAUGGCAUAUACAUUUAUCUUACUGAAUAUCCACGUGGGCGAGGAUAUUGGAAAUUGAAUCAAAGCCUAUUGGAUGAUAACUUGUUUUUAACUAGGACAGAGGACUUUAUAACUGAUGUUUUCCGACAUAACAUAGGUACUGCAAAUCCCCUUAUUGUAUGGGACACUUAAAUGUGCCUUUAGAGGCCAUGCAAUUCAGUACUCAUCUCGAAAACAAAAACAAUUUAGGUCAAAAGAGUCCAUACUAAGAAAGGAAAUAGGUCUAACAGAACAGAUAGAUAGCAAUAAAAACUCUAACAUAGAGGCUCAGAAUAAAUUAGAGGAAAAACAAGAAGAAAUUGAGAAACUUAAGAAAGAUCAAGUAUAAUAUAUUAUAAAAAUAAAGCAAACUGGAUGGAAUAUGGGGAAAAAUGCACCAAUUUUCUUUUUAAUCUUCAACAUAGAAAUGCUACCAAAAAGAAUUUACUGAAACUGGUUACAAAUGACGGAGUCACCCAUGAUUCUUCAAAUGAUAUUAAGGAGGAAGCAAAGUACUUUAAGCAUAUGUUUUCGUUUCAGUCGCCUCCAUCUCCUCUAACUGAAGCUAAUUGUAGGGAUUUUUUUCUAAUGAUAAUAUAAAAUUAACAGCCAUACAGAAAGACUCAUGUGAAGGUGAAAUUACAGAGGAGGAACUUCUGGAUGCAAUUAAAGACUUUAAGUCUGGGAAAACUCCAGGGUUGGAUGGCAUACCAGUCUAGGUAUACCAAACCUUUUUUGAUAUACUCAGAGGACCAUUAUUAGCAUGUUUUAACCGCUCCUAUGUAAAUGGUAGAUUAUCAGACACUCAAGAAGAAGGUCUGAUUUCAUUAUUACUGAAACAGGAUACAAGUGGGAAAUAUAAAGAUCCAGUCCAUUAAAAAAAAUUGGAGGCCCCUUACACUUCAGUGUUGUGAUGCAAAAAUUCUAGCAAAAUGUAUAGCGCAUAGAAUUAAAAAGGUAUUGUCGGACAUUAUUCAUUCUAAUCGGACAGGUUUUUUACAUGGACGAUACAUUGGAGAUAAUAUAAGGCAAGUACUGGAAACAAUAGAACACUAUGACAAAUCUGGAAAACCAGGCCUGCUAUUCAUAGCAGACUUCGAAAAGGCAUUUGAUAAAGUACGACUGGAGUUUAUAUAUACAGUGGGGGAAAAAUAUAUUUAGUCAGCCACCAAUUGUGCAAGUUCUCCCACUUAAAAAGAUGAGAGGCCUGUAAUUUUCAUCAUAGGUACACGUCAACUAUGACAGACAAAAUGAGAGAGAAAAAUCCAGAAAAUCACAUUGUAGGAUUUUUAAUGAAUUUAUUUGCAAAUUAUGGUGGAAAAUAAGUAUUUGGUCAAUAACAAAAGUUUCUCAAUACUUUGUUAUAUACCCUUUGUUGGCAAUGACACAGGUCAAACGUUUUCUGUAAGUCUUCACAAGGUUUUCACACACUGUUGCUGGUAUUUUGGCCCAUUCCUCCAUGCAGAUCUCCUCUAGAGCAGUGAUGUUUUGGGGCUGUCACUGGGCAACACAGACUUUCAACUCCCUCCAAAGAUUUUCUAUGGGGUUGAGAUCUGGAGACUGGCUAGGCCACUCCAGGACCUUGAAAUGCUUCUUACGAAGCCACUCCUUCGUUGCCCGGGCGGUGUGUUUGGGAUCAUUGUCAUGCUGAAAGACCCAGCCACAUUUCAUCUUCAAUGCCCUUGCUGAUGGAAGGAGGUUUUCACUCAAAAUCUCACGAUACAUGGCCCCAUUCAUUCUUUCCUUUACACGGAUCAGUCGUCCUGGUCCCUUUGCAGAAAAACAGCCCCAAAGCAUGAUGUUUCCACCCCCAUGCUUCACAGUAGGUAUGGUGUUCUUUGGAUGCAACUCAGCAUUCUUUGUCCUCCAAACACGACGAGUUGAGUUUUUACCAAAAAGUUCUAUUUUGGUUUCAUCUGACCAUAUGACAUUCUCCCAAUCCUCUUCUGGAUCAUCCAAAUGCACUCUAGCAAACUUCAGACGGGCCUGGACAUGUACUGGCUUAAGCAGGGGGACACGUCUGGCACUGCAGGAUUUGAGUCCCUGGCGGCGUAGUGUGUUACUGAUGGUAGGCUUUGUUACUUUGGUCCCAGCUCUCUGCAGGUCAUUCACUAGGUCCCCCCGUGUGGUUCUGGGAUUUUUGCUCACCGUUCUUGUGAUCAUUUUGACCCCACGGGGUGAGAUCUUGCGUGGAGCCCCAGAUCGAGGGAGAUUAUCAGUGGUCUUGUAUGUCUUCCAUUUCCUGAUAAUUGCUCCCACAGUUGAUUUCUUCAAACCAAGCUGCUUACCUAUUGCAGAUUCAGUCUUCCCAGCCUGGUGCAGGUCUACAAUUUUGUUUCUGGUGUCCUUUGACAGCUCUUUAGUCUUGGCCAUAGUGGAGUUUGGAGUGUGACUGUUUGAGGUUGUGGACAGGUGUCUUUUAUACUGAUAACAAGUUCAAACAGGUGCCAUUAAUACAGGUAACGAGUGGAGGACAGAGGAGCCUCUUAAAUAAGUUGUUACAGGUCUGUUAGAGCCAGAAAUCUUGCUUGUUUGUAAGUGACCAAAUACUUAUUUUCCACCAUAAUUUGCAAAUAAAAUUCAUAAAAAAUCCUACAAUGUGAUUUUCUGGAUUUUAUUCUCUCAAUUUGUCUGUCAUAGUUGACGUGUACCUAUGAUGAAAAUUACAGGCCUUUCUCAUCUUUUUAAGUGGGAGAACAUGCACAAUUGGUGGCUGACUAAAUACUUUUUUCCCCACUGUAAAUGCCUGUAGCAUUUCAAUUUUGGAGAAUCUCUUAUAAAAUGGGUUAAAAUCUGGUAUAGUAACCCUAGGUGUAAAAUAGUUAAUAAUGGCUAUUUCUCCGAAUUUUUUAAACUGUCAAGAAGGGUAAAACAAGGUUGUCCACUAUCGGCAUAUCUAUUUAUGGCCAUCGAAAUGUUAGCUAUUAAAAUCAGAGCCACUCCUUAGUUGCCCUGGCUGUGUGUUUCGGGUCGUUGUCAUGCUGGAAGACCCAGCCACAACCCAUCUUCAAUGCUCUUACUGAGGGAAGGAGGUUGUUGGCCAAGAUCUCGCGAUACAUUGCCCCAUCCAUCCUCCCCUCAAUACGGUGCAGUCGUCCUGAACACAACCCCAAGAACACCAUCCCAACCGUGAAGCAUGGAGGUGGAAACAUCAUUCUUUGGGGAUGCUUUUCUGCAAAGGGGACAGGACGACUGCACUGUAUUGAGGGGAGGAUGGAUGGGGCCAUGUAUCGCAAGAUCUUGGCCAACAACCUCCUUCCCUCAGUAAGAGCAUUGAAGAUGGGUCGUGGCUGGGUCUUCCAGCAUGACAACGACCCGAAACACACAGCCAGGGCAACUAAGGAGUGGCUCCGUAAGAAGCAUCUCAAGGUCCUGGAGUGGCCUAGCCAGUCUCCAGACCUGAACCCAAUAGAAAAUCUUUGGAGGGAGCUGAAAGUCCGUAUUGCCCAGCGACAGCCCCGAAACCUGAAGGAUCUGGAGAAGGUCCGUAUGGAGGAGUGGGCCAAAAUCCCUGCUGCAGUGUGUGCAAACCUGGUCAAGACCUACAGGAAACAUAUGAUCUCUGUAAUUGCAAACAAAGGUUUCUGUACCAAAUAUUAAGUUAUGCUUUUCUGAUGUAUCAAAUACUUAUGUCAUGCAAUGAAAUGCAAAUAAAUUACUUAAAAAUCAUAUAAUGUGAUUUUCUGGAUUUUUGUUUUAGAUUCCGUCUCUCACAUUUGAAGUGUACCUAUGAUAAAAAUUACAGACCUCUAUAUGCUUUGUAAGUAGGAAAACCUGCAAAAUCGGCAGUGUAUCAAAUACUUGUUCUCCCCACUGUAUGUGUAUGUGUGUGUGUAUGUAUGUAUGUAUGUAUGUAUGUAUGUAUGUAUGUGUAUAUAUAUAUAUAUAUAUAUGUGUGUGUGUGUGUGUGUGUGUGUGUGUGUGUGUGCAUCCAGAAAAUCACAUUGUAUGAUUUUUAAGUAAUUAAUUUGCAUUUUAUUGCAAAGUACAAACAUAAACGACCUGAAAGAGGCCAAUCUAAAAACGUAAUGUUUGUGUGUCCAUGUAGCACGCCGGCCACACUGGAGCAGAACUACGUGGUGUGUGAGCUGCACCAGAAGGUCAACAUGCUCUUCUCCUUCAUCAGGAGUCACCUGCAGAAGAAAGUAAUAGUCUUCUUUGCCUGCUGCAAAGAGGUAAGGCUCUGCUAGUUUGUGCUAAUUGUCCUCUGUUUGGCUUAUUAUAGCUUCAUGGUCUAGUUGUAGUCUGAGCUGCAAACAUGAAGUUUCUCUUUCUCUCUCCAUCCGUAGGUGCAAUACCUGUUCCGGGUCUUCUGUCGGCUGCGUCCGGGCAUGCCCAUCCUGGCCCUGCAUGGGAAGCAACAGCAGAUGAAGAGGGUGGAGGUCUACAACGACUUCAUCAAGAAGAAGAAUGCUGUGCUCUUCGCCACAGACAUUGCAGCCAGAGGCCUAGGUAAUGCUAACACAUCAGCAGUCUACGCUACAGACUGGCUGGAUCUCUGUAGUCAGUAGGGACAGAGAUGACGGUUUGGGGCACAGCUCAAACACGGCCCCUAAAAUGACUAAUAUUUACUGCUCUGAUACCAGAGGCAGCAGGUUCUUCAUCACGGCUGCUGGUGAAUAAUAGUUACGUCCCCCCCUACUUUGCAGACUUCCCUGCUGUGAACUGGGUGUUGCAGUUUGACUGUCCAGAGGACGCCAACACAUACAUCCACAGAGUGGGACGAACCGCCAGGUAAUAACAAAUAUAAAAAAUAAUAUGCCAUUUAGCAGACGCUUUUAUCCAAAGCGACUUACAGUCAUGCGUGCAUAAAUUUUUGUGUAUGGGUGGUCCCGGGGAUCGAACCCACUACCUUGGCGUUACAAGCGCCGUGCUCUACCAGCUGAGCUACAGAGGACCACACUCUAGCCGGACCUGGAGUAAAAGGAAAGGCAUUGACUGUGUGCAGUCUGUCACAUCUGCUUGAAGGGCAUGUUUUCAUUGUAUAUGGAGAAUUAAUGAAAAUGUAUACAUACUAGGGAUUAACAUGGGUAACCAGGGUCCCAGGAACACGCUUUCCAUUUCCCAAAAUGUUUUAAUAACAAGACGCGGGAAAUUAAAACAUUUUCCCCCCAUGUCGGCACUAAUGCAAUUCCACAAAAUACACAUGUGCAGCAUCAGAUUAGCAAAAAAAAACAUUAUGGCACAUUAUCCAAACAGGUUGUCGCAUGGAAGCCUUUAGCCUAAAGUAUUUACUUCAUACUAAGUCGCCAUAAACUCAAAGCACAUGCACAGUUGACACUUCUGUACUGCACAAAUGCAGUUAAUAAACCCUACAGUAUAGCCUAUAAAAGAUGUGCCUCUUUGACCUGUCAUUGUGACUCUUCAAACAGUCACAAAUUUGAUAGGCCUAUAAAUUGCACUAUAAAUUGUGCCUUCCUGUAUUGUACUUAUGCUAAAAGUUUUUUUCUGUUCUACUGCCAUUGACUUUAUGUUCGUAUUCUUAUUUUUUACUAUUUCUUAUUGUUGCAUUGUCGAGAAGGAACCUGCAAGUAAGCAUUUCGUUGGACGAUGUACAGUGCAUUUGGAAAGUAUUCAGACCCCUUUACUUUUUCCACAUUUUGUUACGUUACAGCCUUAUUCUAAAAUUGAUUAAAUCGUUUUUUUCCCUCGUCAAUCUACACACAAUACCCCAUAAUGACAAACCAAAAACAGGUGUUAGAAGUUUUUGCAAAUGUAUUAAAAAUUAAAAACUGAAAUCACAUUUACAUAAGUAUUCAGACCCUUUACUCAGUACUUUGUUGAAGCACCUUUGCCAGCGAUAACAGCCUUGAGUCAUUUUGGGUAUGACGCUGCAAGGAUGGUCCCAGGUUUCCUCCAGAUGUGACGCUUGGCAUUCAGGCCAAAGAGUUCAAUCUUGGUUUCAUCAGACCAGAGAAUCUUGUUUCUCAUGGUCUGAGAGACCUUUAGGCAAACUCCAAGCGGGCUUACAUGUGCCUUUUACUGAGGAGUGGCUUCUGUCUGGCCACUCUACCAUAAAGGCCUGAUUUGGUGGAGUGCUGCAGAUAUGGUUUUCCUUCUGGAAGGUUCUCUCAUCUCCACAGAGGAACUCUGGAGCUCUGUCAGAGUGACCAUCGGGUUCUUGGUCACCUCCCUGACCAAGGCCCUUCUCUCCUGUUUGCUCAGUUUGGCCGGGCGGCCUGCUCUAGAAGAGUCUUGGUGGUUCCAAACUUUUUCCAUUUAAGAAUGAUGGAGGCCACUGUGUUCUUGGGGAUCUUCAAUGCUGCAGACAUUUUUUGGUGCCCUGUCUCAGAUCUGUGCCUCAACACAAUCCUGUCUCUUUACCACAGGUAGACUCCAAUCAAGUUGUAAAAACAUCUCAAGAAUGAUAAAUGGAAACAGGAUGCACCUGAGUUCAAUUUCGAGUCUCAUAGCAAAGGGUCUGAAUACUUAUGUAAAUAAGGUAUUUCUGUUUUUUGUUUUUAAUACAUUUACGCGAAUUUCUAAAUAUCUGUUUUUGCUUUGUCAUUAUGGGGUAUUGUGUGUAGAUUGAGGAAAUUAAAUAAUAUAAACAUUUUUAGAAUAAGGCUGUAACGUAACAAAAAGGGAAGGGGUCUGAAUACUUUCCGAAUGCACUGUAUACCAUGCGUAUCCCGUACAUACGACUAAAACUUGAAACUAUGCACAAUUCACUACUUGGGCAUCUCUGUCACAGACAUUGUCUGUUAACAAUUCAGAGGCAUGAGGGAAAAUUAUAUAUUCUCCUUUCCUAGAGCCUAGGCUAUUUUCCUAUCUAUUCCCAAUCCCACUGAAACCCAAAAUGACUCCUGUCUCACAUUACAAUUCUUAACUUUAUUCUGUAAUCCAUAGGUUGCAUAAUCCAAGCAGGUUUCUAGCCUAUGCAUGUCAAAAUACCGCUGUAACAUUUCCCUGCUUCUCUGUGCGGUCUCGUACCUGCUGCCCAUAUGAGAGCUUCGGUAGAGAAUGUGUGAUCAACAAACUGUAUGAGAGUAGAUAUGGAUAUUUUUUAAACAGUUGGCCCCGUUAAGAUACCUUUAUUUAAACUAUUUCCACUCUUCAUCACCCCAUUAUCCAUGAGCUUAUCUGCCAUCUGUAUAAUCAUAAACUAGAUUUUGCCAAAUAUAGGAGAUAACCUCCAACUAAUGACAGAAUAUCUAGCAAGCUUAGCAUCUUUGGUCAUUUGACUUUUGUGUUUGACAGCCGUUACAAAGUUUGUAUGAUUCGACAAUGCUAUACUCGGGUUGCGUCCUGAGCGCGCUCUGUGUUGAGAUAGCCUCCUGCUGAAAUGCGCUGAAUUGAGGAACAUAACGCUCAGAAUUAAUGAACGGCCUGUUUCGCAAUUCACAACGUAAUUGCCGAUCAAAGAUAGAGUAACUAUCAUGACUAAAUAUCAGUUUAAUUUGCUCUAAAGUCUUUACAUAGUUGCGCAGCGCCCCUCUUAUUUGCAGAGAACCCUGGCAUAGUGACCAUAUCUUGGUUUUAAAUGCUUUAAAUGGGCACUUCCGAUUUCUGUGGUAUUUCCCGGGACUCUCGGGAUAAAUACAUUUUUCCUGUAUUGAAACUUGGUAGAUUUUCAGGAAAAUAUUAAUCCCUAAUACGUACUCAACAAAUACUGUUUUUCCAACAGUAGUAUUAAAGUGAAGUUAUCACAGUGUAAUAAUGAAUCUUACAGGGACACAAUACCAUUUGAACAAAUGUACCCACAACAAGCCGCCAUUACAAUUCUUAUAUGGAGUGCAACAGUUGAAAGUUCCUUCUUAUAGACAAUCCAUUAUCCUAUCAUCACAUCUCACAAUCCCUCCUCACAACAGUUGACUUACUCACUAGAUGGCAGUGUUGUAUGGUCCACCUCUCACACUACCUCUCCCUGUAGCCUACAGCUUGCACAUUAUAACCACAAGUGGCUUUCAAAUGUGUUCCAAAGCUCCAAAAUCCAGUGGAACCUACUGUAGUGUAGGUGACAUAUGAUGCUGUUCUGGUAUUGUAUUGUUCUCUGCAAGUACAAUGGUGGGUUGGUACCAUAGCAGUUAACCCAGCUGCAAUGCUGACUCAUGGGUGUUUGUGUAAUCGCACUCCGAUAGCACCCGGGAAUUGCAACAGUAUUGGUGUAAGAUGGUGUGUGUCUAAGACAGACAUUACUUAUACGGCGCUCUGUGCAGCUGUGUCAAAGACACACACUUUCCGUCAGCAACAAUGUCUUAAGCAGUCAGGAUGUGCUUCGAGCCACUGCGCUGCCAUGGUGUGUAUUGCAGUUAGGUCAGCAGUCUGUUUAGUGAGCUGCUAAAACCUCUGUGCUGCUAAUCUCACAAUUUGACACUUCUGGGAUGCCAUACCCCUUGACAAACCUCUUGCUUGUCGGUUCUUUUUUGUGAACGAACAGGACUGAAGGGGAAUCCUUUCUAGGCUUACUGCGAUCAGGCAUUUGCUAAAUGACGUAAUGUAAAUGUAAAUGCAUUUGUUUGGAGUCUUUGCAGCAUGCUGCUGCUGUGGGAGUAGGCGUCAGUAUGGUUCAGCUGGCACCUAACCGAACAUGCUCGCAUACUCCCUUUAAAGACCUUCCCUUGAAAAACUAGAAAAAAGUGGCAAUAGUACUGUUUGUCCAAUUUGAGGUGCCAUAACCAGUGUACACUUCCUCAAAAUAUUAAGAAUUAAUCUAAGAUGACUCAAGAAAUCUGUCAUUAAUUUGGACAUUUUUGCUGAGGAUAUCUUAGUCGUGCAAUUUUACAUCUAACUAAUAUGUUAUUUCUCAAGUAUUUCUCAAGUGAAAAAAUGUGCAUGAAAAUGUUUUCUCUCGUUGAAUGACAACAAACACUUCACUUCAUUGAAGAAUCUUUACUGUUGACCAAUCACCGAUGAAGGGGCGUAGACUUCGGCUACCGACUAGAGAAAGGUGCAAUUGCGGCCCGCAAUUCGGGGCGUUCCUGCAUGUGGGAAUCCUGCAUCUGCAGGAACCCCUCUUUAUACUUCUGUUGGUCAAUUUGUCGUAACGUAACUGUCCUAACUUAAAAAUGGACCAAUAUAAUUAUAAACAACAAGGUGGAAUGCCCGCAGUUAUGUUAACGACGGCGAGAGCAUGUGUUCGGCAGGCGGGAGCGAAGGACACUGUGUGCUAGCUUAGCCAGCUAGUCCUAAGGAGGACUCCGGUACAGAGGAGGCUGGGAAGACACCGUGUGCUUGCAGCUAGCUAACUACCAAGCACACGGUGUCGCUAACUAUCAAGCUAGCUAGUACACGGUGUCGCCCCAGCCUCGCGCCUGCUGUGCGGUAGACAGUGUCCUUUUUUCGGUAUUUUAGAUUUUCUCCGGUACAUAGCAGGCGGGAUGCAGAAACUCCCGCAUGCAGGACCGCCCCGAAUUGCGGACUGCAGUUGCACACUAUUGACCGACUUCAGCUUGCCUUUAUACAUUUUUUGGUCUGCCCGAAUAGCCGAAAAACCCCUUGCCGAAGACCAAAAUGUCGUCAUAAAAUAUGUUUCAGCUGGGAAGCAUGCGGACAACUUAAGAUGGCUCCAGACACCCAACUAGCUGCCUGAUGGUAUUAGAAUUUGGGAGACGUGCGCUCUUGCAACUAGAGCUCUUGCAGCUGCCAGUGUAGCAUCAGCUCAGCCUCCACAGCUUUGUUUGUCUGUCUGUUUCUCUUUCUCUCCACAGAGUCUGACUCUGCAUGCAUUUCACAGCAUCUCUUGGUGAGAAGAGGAAUGUAGCUCUCUCCCCGCCACCUCUCUUGCACCCCAUCUCUCUCCCUCUGGGUCUCUGACUUGGUCACAAAACCAUACCCCUCUUAUAAUCAUAAAGGACUUAUUUUCAUCAUGGCAAAACCAUACCCCUCUUACAAUCAUAAAGGACUUAUUUUCCAUCAUGGUUUUCAUGAUGAAAAUAAGUCCUUUAUGAUCAUAAGAGGUGCACCAUUAACUGUGCAAAUAUAGCAUAUUGUAGAAGUUAUAUAUGCAUUUGUGGUUGAGCAGUAUCAUCCUUUUACAUUGAACAAAAAUAUAUACACAACAUGUAAAAUGUUGGUCCCAUGUUUCAUGAGCUGGGGAAAAAGAUCCCAGAAAUGUUCCACACGCACAAAAAGUGUAUUUCUCUCAAAUGUUGUGCACAAAUUUGAAGAGUAUUUCUGUCUGUAAUAAAGUCCUUUUGUGGGAAAAAACUCAUUCUGUUUGGCUGGGCCUGGCUCCCCAGUGGGUGGACCUAUGCCCUCCCAGGUCCACCCAUGGCUGCACCCCUGCCCAGUCAUGUGAAAUACAUGUCCAAUCCUACUGAAUUUAUAUCAAUUGACUGAUUUCCUUAUGAACUGUAACUCAGUAAAAUCUUUGAAAUUGUUGCAUGUUGCGUUUAUAUUUUUGUUCAUCAUACAUUAUUACAUCCACUCCUCUGAGCUAUUGACUUAUUUGUACAUUUAGGACAUACAAUAAAAAAAGAAUGCUGUUUUUCGCCUUACAGGUAUAAGGAGGGAGGAGAGGCUCUGCUCGUCCUGCUGCCCUCCGAGGAGGAGAGCAUGCUGUCCCAGCUCCAGGAGAAAAAAGUCCCCAUCAACAGAAUCCAGUGA